CAUCGGCACCCCUCCUUAUCCCACUCCCCACGGGCCACGGCGUUGAGGAAAGCCAUGGCGACGGCGACGGCGACGGCGUCUCUCUCCUCCAGCGUCUUCUCCUCGCCUAAAUCCCUUCUCCCCACCACUGCCUCCUCGCUCUUUCCAAGAGCCCCAAGGUUUCGGCUCGUUCUCCAGUGCCCUCCACUCAGGGGCGUCUUCUCUUCGUCUACAGCAGUAGCUCCCGCCGCCGCCGACGACUUCCGUCUCCGCUUUUCUGCCGCAUCCACCGCUGAAGCUUCCACAUCAUUAUCCAAAUGGGUCGAUUUUGCGCAGCGGGUCUCCGGAGAGUGGGAUGGCUUUGGAGCCGACUUUACUUCAGAGGGUGUUCCCGUCGAAUUGCCAGAGAAUGUUGUCCCGGAUGCCUUCCGCGAGUGGGAUGUCCAGGUGUUCGACUGGCAGACCCAGUGCCCAACUCUCGCUGAUGAAAAAGGUUUUUUUUUGCUAACGUACAAGAUGAUCAGGCUUUUGCCGACUGUUGGAUGCGAGGCCGACGCCGCCACGAGGUAUAGCGUCGAGGAGAGGAUUGUCGGUGGACCAGACAACCAGACCUCUGCUUUUGCAUUUGAUUCCAGCGGCUCUUUUGUAGCUGUUUGGGCUUUGGAUGGACUGGGUGGACAGAAGAUUAUAGAAUUGGAGCAUUGCUUGGUGGAUCCUCGGGAUAAGGAGGUGAGGAUGAGAGUGAUUCAAGUGGUUAGAGUUGAGGAAGGGGCGAUGAGGCUGGAGAAGAUUAAGGUUUUCUCGGAGCACUGGGACGGCCCAUUUAGGAAUGGUGAGCUGAUGGGUGGGUGCGCCAUCGGAGAGACUGCAUUCGCAGCUUCUGUGAAGGUGGAUGUCUCUGAGGUUGUUGGGGUUUGGCAUGGCAUUACGGCUUCCAUUGCUAGAUUUCAGAGUGAGCAAAGGGAGGCAUUUCAUGAACUUGUUGUGGAUGCACCUACAGAAUCUGUCAGAGAUCAUCGUGGCCUAGUUGCACUACCUAAGAACCUGUGGUCCUUGUCCGAAAGCAGCAAAGAUGGUGAAGCUUAUUGGGAAGUUGGAUGGUUGUUGGAUCAUGGAGAAGCCAUAACAUCAAGAUGUGUUUUCCUUGACAAUAGAAUAAUAAAGGAGAUAAAUAUUGCUCGGCAAAUUGCAGAAUCGAAGAAGAAAUAGGAAGGCCAUGUGCAUUGGAGAAUAUGCGAUGUGUAAACAAAAUAAUCGUGUUUAUGCACAUUAAAAUAUCAAAGUGAAUCUUCAUUGGAAAUAAAUCGUUUUUUAAUAUAAUGUUUUAUGGACUGGUAUCUCGGUCCUUAAUGAAAGAGCAGGGGGGAAAUAAUUCCAAGUGUAGAAAAGCGUUGCAUCAGGUAACAUGCAUUCUUUAAUUUGCUAGAUGAUAUCUUGCACAGGAUAAUGCAAUUCUGUCAAACUUUCGGACAUCUUAGACUAUGUGGGAUUCAGGAUAAUCCCAACGGGCAGUUUUUUAAUUAAAAUAUCGCAAUGGAUAAUAAUGUUGUGACACGAAUAUCUAUUUAAUUGAAGAAGAAACAUCAUGAGCUUUAA